AUGGUGAAACCAUCGGAUUUCAAAGCAGUUCAAGGCUUUUUCCGAUUGCAUUACAGUCGGGUCAACCCGGUUACCAUCCCUCGCUCAAACCCAUCGGCUCUGUCUUCUCCGGCGAUUCACUCGAAUCGAAUCUCCCAGCUUCAGCCUAGGUCCAGCUUCCACAGCUUACCGUCGAAACCAGCUCCCACAAACGUGGGCUUAUCACAGAUUCUGUCCUCCUCUCCUAAGCUCAAUCCAAAGCUGCAAGCUUUGGGUUUGCCUCGCGUGAAUUUGAGCUUCUCGUCGGCGUUUAGAUUGGUCUCCACUAAAAGCUCCAGAUUUCGAAAAGUCGAUGGCAAUUUCGCGAGAAAUGUUGUUGACAAGCCUGUGAAAGCCCUUAGCUCUACGUUUGGUAGAUACCGUGGGGCUAUAGGGUUGCACGUUGAUGCGUUUUGGAAGAAGAAUAGUCUGAUUUUGGUUGGAGCUGGAGGAGUUUUUGUAUGCAUUUUCCUUUGGAGGAUUAUGUUUGGAAUUGCGAGCACUUUUGUUGGGCUCUCAGAGGGUAUGGCCAAGUAUGGGUUUUUAGCACUCUCCUCCGCUAUCGUAGCAUUUGGUGGAUUAUACCUCCGGUCAAGGUACACCAUAAACCCGGACAAAGUUUACAGGAUGACAAUGAGGAAGAUCAACACAGCAGCUGAGAUUUUGGAAGUCAUGGGUGCUCCUCUGGCAGGAUCAGAUUUACGAGCUUAUGUGAUGUCAGGUGGUGGGAUAACGUUCAAAAGUUUCAAGCCAGCAAUCAGGAGCAAGCGAUGCUUUCUUUUGUUCCCUGUUCAAGGUUCUGAGAGAAAGGGACUUGUUAGCGUCGAAGUUAAGAAGAAGAAAGGCCAGUAUGACAUGAAGCUUUUGGCGGUGGACAUUCCAAUGGCGUCUGGUCCUGAUCAACGGUUAUUUCUGGUUGGCGAUGAAGAAGAGUACAGAGUCGGUGGUGGUUUGAUCUCUGAGUUGAGAGACCCUGUUGUGAAAGCCAUGGCAGCAACUAAGGAGUUUGAUAAUCUUGACGAAAUCGAAGAGGAAGAAGAAGCUGAAAGAAAGCACCGUGAAGAGAUCGAGAAGCUCGAGAAAGACAGCUCUUAA